UCACUAGUAAUUUUUGCACUUAACAAUAAUGUUUUUUACACCACAUCUUAAACGUAAAAAAGGUUCUAAUAACAAAUGGCAAAUAAACCCAUUUCCUAACACUGCUUCUAAUAAACAAUAUGAGGGCAUAUUUACUGGGAUAUCGGUAGAAGUAUAUGCGAAAGAGGACAUAAUAGGAAUUUAUGAUAAUGGCUUUUACGGUAAAGGAAGUCAGUCGCGAAGUAUUCCAAAAGUUGUAAUGCAAAGUACAAAUUCUGUAGAAGCGUUGAAAAAUGAUAGCGAAGUGGAGGAGACUUUGAGUUUAAGUUUAGAAGAGGCUUUCUUUUUAAGUUAUUAUCUAAAAAUACUUAAAAUAUAUGAUUUCGAGAAUACAGAAAUGGAAUAUCAAAGAUUUCUUCAACAUAGCUUGGAAGUAAAUAAAUUAUUUGUAGAAUCAUUUGCUUCUUAUGUAUAUUUAAAGUCAAAAGGUUGGGUGGUAAAAAGUGGCUUAAAAUUUGGCGGCAAUUAUUUAAUUUAUCGCAAAGGACCACGUUUUUAUCAUGCAAGUUUUGUAGUUGUUAUAAACACUCCCUCAGAUACAGAACACCUGAAUUCCAAAAACAUUAAAGGUUUGCAACGCAUUUCUGAAACUUCCGACAAAGAUGUUCUAAUCCUGGAGGUUCAUAAACCCAGUGAUUUCCAAUUUAUAAGCCUCGAAUCGAUAUCUACUGUACAAAUAUCCGAAAUGAUAAUACGUAGAUUUAACUGCACUUCUUAUGUUCAAAAUCAAAAUACAAUAAAAUAAUCUUUUAUUUUUCUCA